ACUACUACAGCUUCCAACAAAAUCCAGCAAGAGCGGACUGAGAAGUACUUGGCUAAUCCAGGUAGAACUCCAGAACAUUUCACCUUUGAGAAAGUGCUUAGGAGACUCCAGAAUAUUGAUACUUCUAAAAUUCCCUCUAUGCAGGAUCUCGCGAAUGUGAUAAUUAUUAAUUACAAACUAGAUUCCAAAGAUCUGCCAGCGUGGUAUAAAGCUGGUUAUUCUUGGUAUUGCACUGGAUGUCACAAACAAAGAGAUAAACCGAUGCCUAUGCGCUUACUCUCUAUGGAAAAGGAUCCAGAACGUGCUAGGGAAUUACUUACCUGGAUUCAAGACGCUAUUAAAGCUGGGAAGUUGCGUGAUCCAGUUUAUACUGAAACUGGAAAGCGUAAUAAUGUGCCAUUUGCCAAAUUUAUAAAGAGUUUAAAAACUAAUCAGGACAAAGAUGAGAUUACCCCUGAGCUUCUAAGAAAAAUAGGAGCUAAACAUGCCUCGAUGGUUCAUGCCGGUCCAAAUCCAACCCCUCAACAUCUUGACAAUCUUUCAGAAAUCGCAUUAAGACAUAAAAUUAACCAUCUUGAUGUGGGGAAAAAUUACGCUUUAGGUGAUCCAGAAUCGAAGGAGCCCAUAUCUGAUUCUGAAAAUUCACCAAGCCUGAAUAGCCAACAAUGUCGAGUUUAUCCUGAAUUGCUAUUAUAUCCUCUUCCAAACACAUAAGAUCACCAGCUCGGAAGAAUUUGCUGGGCCACUCCU